AUGGUAAGCUUGCGAAAUGCGUUUGCACCCUUUGACCUGGAGAUGUUGCUGAAACAUUUUGAGAGAUCAUCCACGUUGCACAACCUGUUUUCAAUGGUAACUAAAGCACUGAUUCUGAUGAUCCCGUACCUGCUGCAUAUUUAUGGGAAUGAAGCCAUCGUGAAACUCGGCCAGUUUCAGCAAUUUCACACUGGACAUGGUGAAUACUUCAGUACAUUGCCCCAAAUUCUGUCAGUAUGCGCCACCAUGACUAUCGGUCUGAUUUCUCUUGUCUGUUUGACGAUAUUUCAUGGAUUGUGUCAGAUUGAAAAUCUCAAGAAGAAUACUAAAGUAGUUAGCAUGCUGCUGAGGCAACUACUUGAUUGGGAGUGA